CUAAGACAGGCUCUCAACAAGGCCUUCCAGUUUAAGUUCCCGAAGCUAAAGACUAUAAUCGCUGCCGCAAUAAUCUCUCCGCGGGGAAAUCUCGUCCUUACAGCAUUUAACGGCCUCUCUGCGAAAUUCCUAGUAGAUAAUAAAGUAGUUAUUAACUCGGUUCUUCCUACUACAUCGGCCUUCAAGAUAGCCGUACACGGAGUCCCAACCGCUAACAUCCUAAACGAAUCUCGAGAAUCUUUCGCAGAGCUCGUUCGGGACGAAGUAAAGACCUUUAAUAAAGGUCUUAAUCCCGUCGGUAACCCGUACUAGCUAACCUCCGAAGAAAAACGGUAGAUAGCUAAGGCCGGCUCUAUAACCCUCGCCUUCGAAUCAGAACGGGAAGCCUUAAAAGCUAUAUUAGGACGUCUCUACCUCUUCGGAGUUAGCUGCGCUGCGGAAAAGCUAAGAGGCCCCCGGAAGGCCUCUCCCCCUCGAAAAUAGACGUCCUUCUAUAUAGGAUCUAUUAGAGUCUUACAGGCAAAUAUAAACCGAAAUAAGGAGACUACUAAAGCUCUCCUUAAUUACGCUUUAGAGAUUAACGUCAACCUAAUUCUUAUACAAGAACCGUAGGUUUUAAUCUCCUCUAAUCCCUCUGACACUCGAUCUAUAAACCAUACCUUAUUUAUCUAAACUCUCCCGGAAACUCCUACUAGAUUAAGGCCACGCGU